GCUAUUGCUUCAUGUGCGCAAACUCUAUGGUUUUCCUGAGAUCUCUCUAAAUUUGUGCUUUUCCAUUGAGCUUUGAAACCAUUCAUGGAAGCUGAUGGCAAUAUUCUUGUUCCUUUGCGUCAGAAGGCAAAAAAGAAAAGUCAAGGGUUCUUUAUAAUGAGCCGACGGAGGAUAUCGUGCAAAGAGCUGGGGCAAGCCGAUUGCCAAGGAUGGCUCUACAAAAAGAAGGAAAAAGGAGCUUUCAUUGGCAACAAAUGGAAGAAGUUCUGGUGUGUGCUAAAGGAGUCCUCGCUGUAUUGGUACAGCAGUCAGCUGGCUGAAAAAGCAGAAGGAUUCAUAAGACUUCCAGACUUCAGUGUGGAUCGUGCAACUGAAUGCAAAAAAAAGCAUGCUAUUAAGAUCAGCCACCCACAGAUCAAGACAUUUUACUUUGCGGCAGAAAAUGUUCUGGAAAUGAACACGUGGCUAAGUAAGCUGGGAAUGGCUGUAGACCCUCUGGCACCAAACAGAAAGAAUGAGGAAGAAUGCUACAGUGAAAGUGAACACGACGAUCCAGAAAUAACAGACACGCCACCUCCACCCUACAGAGUCCAGACACCACCUCCUCCUUCAGAUCAGCAGAAGUCAUCAUUCACCUCAACUCUGUCAAGUGAAGCAUCUUGUUCUCUCUCCUCUCCUGAAAGCACUUUCAACUCCCAAGAGUCAUCAUCUUCCUUGACAUCCAAAGUGGUUUAUUCGGAGAGGCAGUCCUGGCUUGAUCUGGUUACCAGCUCUGCCACAGAAGAAGGUGAUCAGCCUAUAACAUUCUGUGUACAGAUUCAUUCUGAUGAGCCUCCAGAAGUGGUCUGUGGAGAUGCAGCAGAGAGCCAGGAAGUUCAGCUUUCUGAACCCAAUGGUGGAUCCCAAACCUCUUACUUAAGAGCAGAUACACAUUGUCUAGCUGUGCCAGAUACAGCAGGACAGCGAUCACUAGCCAAAGACCAGGAAAAAUGUGAUGAUGAUGAUGAGAUGGAGCGACUUUAUAAGUCACUGGAGCAAGCAAGCCUGUCUCCCAUUGGUGAUCGUCGACUGUCAACUAAGAAGGAGCUUAGGAAGUCGUUUAUCAAGCGUAGCAAAAACCCCUCCAUUAAUGAGAAACUCCACAAAAUUCGAAUGCUGAACAGUACAUUAAAGUGUAAGGAACAUGACCUGGCCACAAUUAACCAGUUGCUAGAGGACCCAAAGUUGACAGCGGUGAAGUACAGAGAGUGGAGGAGCACAAACAUCAUGCUGGUCCAAGAUAUUUAUCAGCAGCAGGAAGUCCAGGACAUGUCCAUAGAGAAUAGUGAGGAGCAAGAGAUGACUCCACAGCCAAUCACUGAAAGUGCUAUUUGAUUAAUGGCACAUGGCAAGAUCUUUCUCCGCAGGUCUUCGCAUACAAGCAAUUUAAGCUGCUGUAUCUUGAGAUUUGUGUUUUGCAAGUGUGCUUCAAAAGGAAAGCAACCUGUUCUCUAAAGUUUUGAAUGUUCUUGCAGAACUCAUUUAAUAUCAAAAGAUCCCGAAAAAGCACACCUGAACGUGGCCUGCCUACAUACAACUUAAUAUUUAAGAAAGCAGCAAAGAAAUGUUUUUCAGUUUUUGGCGAAGAAAAUUUUAAAUGUCCAGCUCCCGAAGGACACAGAACUAUGUAAUAUGUACUGUAUAAAUAUGACAAUCUUGGGAUUGUUUUAACCAUACAAUUUACCUUCAAAUGAAGUUAAAAUGAUACCAACAGGAUGUUGUCUACUCUACCUUUUUACCCUCUAAGAUAAUCCGAUGCAUACGUUUUUCAUCUCUGUACCCAUUUACUUUCACCACUCUACCAGUUUAAACUGAGACAAAUGGAAGAGUAAUGAUGCUUGAGUUGAUACCACAGACAGCUGCCAGGCACCCAGUUCAGGCUCUGCCUGAUGUUUUAUGAGUUUCAAAUUUAUUUAUGGUCCAGACCAAGAAGGUACUGUCUUUCUACAUGAAGAAGAGGUCUCUCAGUUUUUGCUAACAUGUAAUUUACUCUUCAGAGAGACAAGUUUCAACUUUUCUUACGGACUUGGCUGAAUUCCUUGGAAGAUUAUGUUCUGUCUUAUUUUUGACGAUUGGAAGUAUAUAAGGUACAAGUUCAUCCCAGAGUCCAACUCUAGGAAGGUGAUCAUAUUCACAAGCCAGAAGCUAAAAAACUAUACUCCUAAUGUGAACCGGGAAGCGUAAAACAAAGUUGCAAAUAUUUUUGUAAAUUUAUGUAAUUUUAUGGCUUUUAUGAGUGUGACUAUGUACUGUAUAGAUGUUUUAUUUAUAUAUUUAUAUAUGCUGAAUUUCCUAAUAUAAAUAGGCACAUGUGGACCAAGCCCACCCAGCUGCGAGUUCUUACAGAUUGACUUGAAAUGCCUCUUUAUUUUUUGUUCCAUCACAGAUCACAGUAAUGACUCUACAGCUGAGACUACCCUGAGACAUCUGCUGUGACUCUUUCUUCUGCUUUUCUAGGUCUGAGUUUUAGAUGAAGAUUUUAGGGCCUGAAAAGCUUUUCUAAAAAGUUUCAAGAUUUCCCUUUGGGGGAAAAAAAAAAAAAAAAAAAAAAAAAAAGAGAUUUUGCUGCAGGAUCAUGAUUUUUUGGCUUCGUUGUCCUCAGUACAAAGUUUUAGGCUUUUGCCUUCCCCUCUUCUGCAGUAUAAGGAAUUUUUCAGAGUGCCAGGUUUUGAAAAGCAAGAAUUAGUCCACCAUUUCCAAAUUAAUGCCACUAUAGGAACUGCGACAAUCUGCACUUCUGUUGCUAUUUCAUAAAGAAAUUCUUUGUCAUUAGUUUUCAAUACAGUUUAUCUUUUAAAGCAAAAUACACUAUAGGGAUGCAGCCAUAUUCAUCUGUCUUUAUAUAUUUUAUGUUUUACCAUAGCUUGAUUGAGAAAACAAAUGAUAAGGCUAUUAGUAGGAAUAUGUGAAAUCUUUUCCACAUGCGUAGUGAUUGGUUUGACUGUUGAUAUUGUGUUUUUAAUACUCAGCACCUUUUCUUUUAAAAUAGAGUGAAGGAAAUAGAUGAAAAAUUACUAGAUGGGGAAGCAGACACAAAUCAUUGGAUGGUUAAAAAGCUAUUCUUUUCAGGAAAUCAUCGUAUGAGCGGUGAUUUAAUCACUUCACUAAUUCUAACUAGUAGUUAAGGAAGCUUAAUACCUGGUGCAAUUU